CCUGUUCUCCAGAACAGUUCUCCUGUGUAUCCGGGGAGGUGGACUGUAUUCCCCACGCCUGGCGGUGUGACGGCUACCCAGAGUGUGACGACAGCAGCGACGAGGGAGACUGUCCCGUCUGUUCAGAUUCAGAGUUUCAGUGUGACUCCAGACAGUGUGUUGACCUCAGCCUCCGCUGCAACGGAGAGGUCAACUGUCAGGAUCGCUCAGACGAGAACAAAUGUGAAGUGCGCUGCUCUCCGGACCACUUCAGCUGUUCUAGCGGUCAGUGUGUGGGGAAACAUCAGUUUAACCCUGGUUUAACCCUGGUUUUAACCUGGUUUAACCCUCUCCAGUGCGCUGCUCUCCGGACCACUUCAGCUGUUCUAGCGGUCAGUGUGUGGGGAAACAUCAGAAGUGCGACCACUCUACAGACUGCUCUGACAACUCGGACGAGAUGGGCUGCUACCCGACAGAAGAGCCGUCCUCCCAGCCCACCAACACCAUCGGCUCCAUUGUGGGGGUUGUCAUGGCGCUGUUUGUGGUGGGCGCCAUCUACUUGGUGUGCCAGCGGGUGCUCUGUCCCCAGAUGAAGGAUGACAGGGAGACUGUAACCAAUGACUUGGUGGUCCACGGCCCUUCUGUUUCUCUGGGUUAUGUACCUCACCCUGCCUCUCUGUCCGGGUCUCUGCCAGGUAUGUCCAGGGGGAAGUCUGUGAUUGGUUCGUUGAGCAUCAUGGGCGGGUCCAGUGGCCCCCCUUACGACCGCGCCCACGUAACUGGAGCCUCCUCCUCAAGCUCCUCCUCCACCAAGGGCACUUACUUCCCCCCGAUCCUGAACCCUCCUCCAUCUCCUGCGACCGUCAGGUCUCAGUACACCAUGGAGUUUGGCUACUCGUCCAACAGCCCGUCAACGCACCGUUCAUACAGUUACCGUCCCUACACCUACAGUCACUUCGCCCCUCCCACAACCCCCUGCUCCACGGACGUCUGCGACAGCGACUACACCCCCGGACGCCGCGCCCCGCCCACCUCCAACUCCGGCGUCGCCAAAGGUUACACCAGCGACCUGAACUACGACUCGGAACCCUUCCCCCCAACCCCCACCCCUCGCAGCCAGUACCUGUCAGCGGAGGAGAACUGUGAGAGCUGCCCCCUCCCCUAUACGGAGCGCUCCUACUCUCACCACCUCUACCCCCGCCCCAUCACCCUGCACAGACUCCUCCUGAAACCCCUCGCUGUACAUAACAAUUGUUGA